GUCAGGUGGCUCCUCCCCGGACGCGCUGGUUGCCUUGGUUGUGGUUGUUGGGGCUCUGGGCUGCUCGCGCCCCUGACACUGAAGGCGCCAGUGAUGUGUGGACAAGGAGCUAUUCGCCUAUGCUGUAAAAUGGAAAGACUCCUGGUGAGGAGCUGACUGGAGUCUGACCCCUGAAUCUCUGUCUGUGGGAUACUAAUUAUAAAUUACUAGACAGCUGCUGUGACUUCACCAUGGAGCUGGAGCUAAACCGCGUGGAUUACCUGCAGGUUGGGGUCACCUCUCAGAAAACCAUGCAGUUGCUCCCAGCAUCUGGACGAAGAGCAACUCAGAAGGUGGUAGUUGGCGAUCAAGAUGGAGUGGUUACAUGCUUUGGUAUCAAGAAAAGUGAAGCAGUGCCCGUUUUUAAGACCUUGCCCGGCCAGAAGAUCUCUCGGUUGGAGCUUGGAGGAGCUCUCGGCUCAACUCAGGAAAAGAUAUUUGUGGCAUCUGGAUCAGAAGUUCGGGGCUUUACAAAAAGGGGAAAGCAGUUCCUGUCCUUUGAAACAAACCUCACAGAAAGCAUCAGAGCCAUGCACGUAUCUGGAUCCGAUCUUUUCUUGUGUGCGAGUUACAUCUAUAACCAUUACUGUGACUGUAAAGACCAGCACUACUAUCUCUCUGGGGAUAAGAUUAGCGAUGUCCUUUGUCUACCAGUAGAAAAGCUGGAAAGGAUUACACCAAUACUUGCAUGCCAGGACAGAGUUCUCCGAAUAUUAGAGGGUUCUGAUUUAUUGUAUGAAGUUGAAGUUCCUGGUCUUCCUUCUGUGCUGGCCUUGAAUGGUGGUGAUGGAGGGAGCAGUGGAGAAGAGCUCUUGUAUGGAACAUCGGAUGGAAAGAUUGGACUAAUUCACAUUGCAAGGAGCUCGCCUGUGCCCAAAUGGGAAAUAUUCAAUGAGAAGAAACGAGGAGGCAUUCUCUGCAUUGACAACUUUGAUAUUAUGGGGGAUGGAGUGAAGGACAUAUUGAUUGGUCGAGAUGAUGGUACAGUGGAGGUAUAUGGCUUUGACAGUGCAAGUGAUCCUGUUCUCCGAUUUGACCAUGCCUUGACAGAAAGCAUAACAUCCAUCCAGGGAGGCUGUGUUGGGAAGGAAGGUUAUGAUGAAAUUGUACUGUCCACUUACUCUGGAUGGGUUUCUGGACUUACAACAGAACCGAGUCACAGAGAAGCUGGUCCUGGUGAGGAGCUGAAGAUGAGCCAAGAAAUGCAAACCAAAAUAGCAUCUCUAAGGGCUGAAUUGGAGCAGCUUCAGUUCAAAGUUGUUCAGGAGCGGGAGCGAUACCAGCACUCCUCCCAGUCUACCACAGCAGUCUCUGCCGUCCCUGUAUUUAGUAUCAAUGACAAGUUCACACUGAAUAAGGAUGACGCCAGCUACAGCCUUAUCCUAGAGGUUCAGAUGGCUAUUGACAAUGUGCUGAUUCAGAGUGAUGUCCCUGUGGACCUGCUCGAUGUCGACAAGAAUUCAGCUGUUGUGAGUUUUAGUGGCUGCGACACCGAGCCAAAUGGAAAUUUCCUCCUCGCUACCUAUCGCUGUCAGGCAAACACCACCCGCCUAGAACUGAAGAUUCGCUCCAUUGAAGGCCAGUAUGGAACAUUACAAGCCUAUGUAACUCCUAGAAUUCAGCCUAAAACAUGCCAAGUUCGCCAAUACCAGAUCAAACCUCUGUCUCUCCAUCAGAGGAGCCAUGUCUUUGAUCAAAACAGGCCUAUGAAUAUAUUGAGCCUGACAGGCCAGUUCAGCUUUCCAGAGAUCCAUUCAUGGAUGGUGUUCUGUCUGCCCGAGGUCCCGGAGAAGCCACCAGUUGGGGAAGACAUUAUUUUCUACUUCCAGAAUACCUUUCUGGAUACACAGCUUGAAUGUUCAUACAGAAAAGGGGAAGGAGUUUUUAAAUCGGACAAUAUCUCCACAAUUUCAAUUCUAAAAGAUGUUUUAUCUAAAGAAGCCACUAAAAGAAAAAUCAAUCUCAAUAUAUCAUAUGAUAUAAGUGAAGAAUCUGUUGGUCAUACCCUGAGAAUGAUCCAUCCAAAGUUAGAGUACCAGCUGCUAUUGGCUAAGAAAGUUCAUUUAAUUGAUGCACUGAAGGAGCUUCAAGUUCAUGAAGGCAACACAGAUUUUCUAAUCCCAGAGUAUCGCAGUAUUCUGGAGGAGGCUGACAAGCUCCAGGAGGAAUACAAGAAGCAGCCAGCACAUCUUGAAAGGCUUUAUGGUAUGAUAACAGACCUCUUCAUUGACAAGUUCAAAUUUAAAGGCACGAAUGUCAAAUCCAAAGUGCCUCUCUUGCUGGAGAUAUUGGACAAUUAUGACCAGAGCACCCUGAUGACAUUUUUUGAUACUCAGUGAAUAGUUUGUGUAUAUAUAUAUAUAUAUUGAUUAUGUACAGUAUUUAUUGUAGAGACACCUUGUGAUGUCAUUGUUCUGUUAGUUUUACACCUGGAAGUGACUGCAGUUACAAGCUAUUUUGUUAGGACCUUUCUGUAUGUGCUGUUGACUUGCGCCUAAUUAACACUACAAAGGUUUAGAGUCCCAAGUGGACCAAUGUGUUAGAGAUGAUGAGAAGAACGGUUGUCGGGGACUUUCAGUAACAAGUCGGGCUCUUCUUAGUACCCCAUUCAUGGGACAAUUUAGAGGUGAUUUAUGAAAUUGUCUUUGUUGCCCAUAGCGACCAAUCGCAGCACAGCUUUUAUUUUUCAUAGUGCUUUUGAAAAAUGUAAGCUGUGUUAUGAUUGGUUGCUCCGAACAGCAAAGACAGAUUUCAUAAUUAUGACCCUUUAAGGAGUUAUUCCAAGUUUGAAAGUUAUUAGUAACUCAAUUCUGGGGGUCAAUCUGCUGUGAUACCCAUCAAUUCCAGGGGGGGGGGGGGGGGGGUCAGUUUUCCCUCCUGAUAGAGUGGCAGGUCGAGCUUGUUCCCUGCUGUUCCAUUCAUUUUCUUUGGGACUGGUGGAGAUAGCCAAGUACAAUCCUAAACUAUCUCCGGCAGUCCCAAUGGAACAGCAAGGCACAUGCUUGACCUGCCUUUGUACAAGGAGAAGGGAACUUGUUCUGGAAGUGAAGGUCCCAGCCGUCGGGCCCCACCAAUCAGUCUGGUAUACCCUAACCAGUGGAUAGGUGAUAACAUUAAAACUUGCCACAACCCCUCUAAGUUUACAGCCUUCACAUGGCAGAAGCAGAGUUCUUGUCAUACAGUACAAUGUUCUAUGGACCCACAGCGGAUGCAAUGAAAUAAAGCUGGAGUCUGUUUAGAAUUGCUGUAUUACAGAGCAGGAUACUUUUAUUUUCACAGUUAUUUGUAAGCACCAUGUUACAUUAGUCCUACAUCAGUAGUUAUUCAGAGCACUAUCUUAAAUGCUGUUUUUGUGUUUCACCGCUUUAUUUAUUGCGCUUAAUUAAAAAAAAAUAUAUCUUUU